AUGGCAAUUUGGCAGGACCUGGACUCCGGCUCCACGGGCCGCGUCCCGGAGGUCGCCACGCCGCGGCGGCACACGCACCGCCUCCGGCACCUGGGCAAAAGCUCGGCCCAGCUGUGCGCUUUGUCUUCGAAGCUGUGCGGUGCGAUGCAGCAAGUUUUCGGCGUGUCCUGGCGAAUGGUGUGGAUCCCGGAGAGCAUCACGCGCGGGCUGGGUGGCAAGGUGUUCGAGCUGAGCCCCGGCAGCCGGCUGCUGGCGGUCAACGACAGCUGGCCGGUGCUGAAGGAAUUGUAUCUGCUGGCUAAGUACCGAGAUCGCUGCUUUUUCCUGGUCUUCGACUUCGAUAUCGAGAAGUCGCGUCCAGGCCUAGUCACGAUGGUCAACAAUUUCGUCCGGGAGAGAUAUCGCUUCGACCGACCUGUGCGACACGCGUCGGUUCUGGCUCGUUUCCGCAGCGGUGCAUACCGAGAGGAUGAGUUCGAAGUCCCAGAGCAGUCAGUGGAACUUCUGGAAGUGCUUCCGAGGUGCUUCCCGCUGCUGGUGGGCACACCGGGCUUCAUGACGCAGGGCAAAGCCGGGAAUCAGCUCGGCGCACUCCGCUUCUCACGUGGCCACUUCUUGCAGAUGAUGGAUGCCAACAUGGGUGCCUUUUUAGGCGAGGCAACCAAGGUGCCGUUUAUUCUGCGUCGCUUUCAGCCUCAUUGGACCGACAGGACAACUGUGCGAGCUCGGAUCAUUGGCUUCCGAGAGUUCAUCUUCACAGAGAGCCACGGGGCCGUCGGCAGUGUUAUGGCUUCUGCAGAGUGGUCCUUCGGUACCAUCUGCCAGCGCUUCCUCGCUGGUUUGGGAGCACGGAUGCACUAUGGCCACCCGGACUUCCUUGACGGCUUCUGGGCCUCCAACCGUGGCUCACUGUCAAAGGCAAGCCCCGCCAUCAACCUCUCGGAGGACAUUUUCGCUGGCUUCAAUGUUCGAAUGAGAGGAGAGGCAUCGAAGCAUGUGGAUGCACUCGCUUGGGAGAAGGGCCGAGAAUCCUCGUUCAACGCGGCGGCCCUCUUCUACACCAAGGUCAGCAAAGGCAACGUCGGCGUCAUGCGGUCCCGGGACCUGAAAGUCAUCACGCAGAAUCUGAACAUUGUUGACAACUUUUCUUUCUACUUCGCUUCUGUCGGCUUCUAUCUGAACAACUUACUUAUCGACACCUCUGCCUCGGUCUACGUGCUGUUGUUCAUCCUCCUGGCGUUGUCAUCGAAGUCGUUGAAUGAUGUGGCAUCGCUGGACUCCAUGCUGGCCACGGAGUGGACGCUGUCCAUGGGGACCAUUGCGAUGUUUCCCAGGUUCAUGGAGCUCACCCUGGAGUAUGGGCCCUUGGAGGGAGUCCUCCGCUUUGUGCCCUCGAUCCCGGGCUGCAUGACCAUGUUCACCUUCAUCAACAAGUCCAUCGCGUCAGGCGUCAAGGAGACGAUGAUAACAGGAGAAGCGUCCUACAUAGCAACUGGCCGUCCCAACGCCAACACGCACUACAGUUGGAAGGAAUGCUACUUCAUCCACUGCUCCAGCCACUAUUAUCCAGCCCUCAUGAUCUUCAUGGGCUACACGAUCUACUGCUUGGUCUCGCAGGCGCAAGGCUUCUCCACCCUCCCCAUGAUGGUUCUGCUUGCCUCAGCGGUGAUGUGGUUGAUAGCGCCAAUUCUGUUUUGUCCGCAGCCAACGCUGACAUCGCUGGGCCACGACUUGAGCGAGUUCUGGCAGUUCACAAUUGCGGCUCCUGACUGGUCUGUCCGGACACUGAGCCUGCAGCACGGGUCGAAGGACACAGAGGAGCACCUCCGCACUGGCCUGCGAGAUCCGCGAUCCACUCUCUACGAGUUCUGGCUGCUGAGGGCUCUGGAGCACAAGAAGUUCUCCUGCGUUCAACGAGUUGGCUUUCUGGUCUAUGAGGGGCUAUGUCUGGUCUUUCUUCUCGCAGUCGUGUACAGUUCUUUGUUGGACAACAUCUGGCUGGUUAUACUCCUGUACAGCAUCCACUAUCUGCUCAUGGAGAUCUGGCGCUUGCUGUACCGACCCACAGUCAUAACGCUCCUCACGACAGUGAUGUGGCUACUAGUGCCGAUCAUCAUUGAGAUGCCGCUGCUAAACUCGUUCUUCCUUCUGCUGGUCCUGGUUGUCUGCCUUCAGGUUGUCCGCUCGCUGGUCCAGCUGCUGGCGUGGAUGCUGCUGCGACCCAACCUGGACUGGAAGAAAAUGCCGGAGAACUCUGAGGCUGAGCGCGCAGCCAAACAGGCGACGGCACAACGAGUUUUUCAGUAUGACAUUGCCGUGGAGUACCUGUAUGUGAACAUGAUGGGCCACCAGCUUCACCUGUACGCUGCGUUUGCCAUUCUGCUGAUGAACUUUGCAGUCCAGUCUGUCUUGGUUGUGCUGGAGCUACUGUAUGGCUUGCACUCUUGGGCUCUGCUGAAUCGACGGCUGCGCAGCCGGCGCUGCUGCCAAACAAGGCGCGGCUACCAGCCAAGCUGA